AUGGCAAAGUCCAACCUCGAUCUUGUUCAAGAGUGCGAUAGAUUCCCGUACUAUCAAGAUGACCCCGCAGCCUAUACAACUCACAUGAAGAACUACCAUUCCUUCCGAGUAAAAGGCUACGACUUGGUGCUGGGGUACAUUCUCAACGAAGUCGUGGAUCGCUUCGACUGGCCCAAGGAGUUCUGGACCAUCGAUCCCGCAGAAAGAACCGUCACCCUGCUCGGCUCAACACCGGCAGAGCGAAACCAGGCUGUAGCCCAAACCCUCGCCACAGCGGUCAAGCAGAACCGCUUUGAAGUGCUACGCGGAUGGCGCAACGAACUGUACCCGGUCUUUGGACCUGACGGGGAGUUCCUCCUGGAGAUGGAGCGGUGUGCAAGUCCACUUUUCGGAAUCGUCUCGUACGGUAUUCAUGCGACUGCGUACGUUGAGGAUGAGAAUGGCUUGCGGCUUUGGGUGCCUCGUCGGUCGAAGACGAAACAGACUUAUCCUAGCAUGCUGGAUAAUACCGUUGCUGGCGGAAUGAGUACCGGGGAGAGGCCGUAUGAAUGUCUUGUUCGCGAAGCCAUGGAGGAGGCAUCCUUGCCGGAGGAUGUGGUCCGAGCGAAUGCUCGAGCUGCAGGCUGCGUGUCGUAUACAUAUGUGCGGGAUAACCGUGCUGGUGGUGAGACAGACCUGGUACAGCCGGAGGUGGAAUAUGUUUACGAUAUCAAACUCAGUGCAGACGUCAUUCCAAAGCCGAAUGAUUCAGAGGUUGAAGAGUUCUGCCUGCUUACGGUCGAAGAGACGAAGGAAGCAUUGGCCAGGGGAGAAUUCAAACCCAACUGUGCUGUUGUUUUGAUCGAUUUCUUCAUCCGCCACGGACUCUUGACGCCCGAGAACGAGAAGGAUUUCCUGGAGAUCUUAACGAAGAUACAUCGUCGAUUGGAGUUCCCCACUGCGUCGCAUGUGACUCGAUAG